AUGCUGCGAUCAUCGCUUCGGACAGUGAGGGUGCUCGGCGGCAGGCCCGUUGCGGCGGCCGCCGUGCGCCAAUGGCCCAUUGCCGCGUCGCAGCGAGCUGGCCUCCUUGGCUCGCGCUCUUUCGCCGACCAGAGGAAACCGGGCGAGGACGCGUCGAAACCCCCGGUCUUGCCCGCCUCCGAGACCUUGAGCUCCGAGCGAAGCCCGCCGCCGGCUGACCUGGGUCAAGCGAAGCCCGAGGCCGCCAAGGACGUCCCUCUGACGCCGCCCACUCCGUCCGAAGCUGUCAACAGACAGGCAGAUCCUGCGACGACUAUUGACGAUGUCGGCGAGUCUCGCGCCAAGCACGGCUCCAUCCACCCGCUGGCCGGCGGCAAGCCCGAGCCGACGACCACGAUUGAUGACGUCGGCGAGUCGACGGUCCUCCAGAGCAAGGUCCCGCCGCCGCCGCCGUCGUCGCCUAAGAAGAAGGGCUUCAUUCGCAGAUUGAGGAACUUUGUCUUCACUCUGAUUCUCCUGGGCGCUGUUGGAUUCGGCGGCGGUGUUUGGUACUCUCGUAUCAAUGACAACUUCCACGACUUCUUCACCGAGUACAUCCCCUUCGGAGAGCAGGCUGUCCUGUAUCUGGAGGAGAUGGAGUUCAGGAAGCGCUUCCCCCAGGCUGCGGCGGCUGGCUCCAGGCCUCGCGACUCCAACGAGCAGGUCCGCAUCCCCGCCCAGAGCGGCGCCUCAUGGAGGGUUGCCGAUAGCGGCGAGCCUGCUGGACGUCACUCGAGCGCCAACCCCGUGUCCAAGCUGUCCACCAAGCAGCCGGCGACCAAGUCGCCAGACGAGCCCGCCAAGGCUGAGUCGCCAAAGCCUCCUGCCCAGGAGACUCAACCGGCUCCGGCCAAGGCCGUCGAGAAGGCCACGCCUCAGGUUACCGAGAAGUCCACGAAAUCGUCCUCCGAGUCCUUCAAAGCACCCGAGGUCAACGAACCCUCCAAGUUCCCGCCUCUGGCACCUAUCGAUCUCAUGGCGCUCCCCGAUGCCAAGGAACCGGUUGUGCGUGACCUUGUUCACAUGCUCAACGAUCUGAUCCUCGUUAUCAACGCCGACAACGCCCACGGCAAGUACGGCACGACCAUCAACAAGGCGAAGAACGAAAUCACCAGAAUUGGUGGCAGGCUCAAGGCCAUGAAGGAUGGCGUCGAGAAGAAGGCAGCCAACGAGGUCAAGUCCUCGAUCGAGGAAUUCGACAAGGCGGCCACCGAGCUUAUCAAGCGUGUCGAGAACACCAUGCUCGCGCAGGAGAUUGACUGGCGCCGCGAGUUUGAGCAGGAGAUGACCAAGGUGCGCGAGAGCUACGACGAGCGCGUCAAGCUCCUGCUUGAGCGGGAGAAGAAGCUCAACGAUGAGAAGCUGCACAACCAGCUUUUGGAGCAGGCCGUGGCCCUCAAGAAGGAGUUUGUGCAAGACGUCAAGGAUCGUGUUGAGCAGGAACGCGAGGGCCGCCUUGGCAAGCUGACAGAGCUCUCGUCGGCUGUCGCCGACCUGGAGAAGCUCACGACCGGGUGGAACGAUGUCGUCGACUCAAACCUGAAGACGCAGCAGCUGCACGUCGCUGUGGAUGCCGUCCGCGCGAGCCUCGAGGAUGCCCAACACCCGCGUCCUUUCAUCCGGGAACUCGUCGCUCUAAAGGAGACUGCCAACGACUCGCCUGUAGUUGACGCAGCGAUUGCUUCCGUCAACCCGUCGGCCUACCAGCGCGGUAUCCCCACGUCGGCUCAGCUCAUUGACAGAUUCCGCCGUGUUGCCGGCGAGGUGCGAAAGGCCUCGUUGUUGCCGGAGGAUGCCGGUGUCGCCAGCCACGCGUCCAGCUGGGUCCUGAGCCACGUCAUGUUCAAGAAGGAGGGUCUCGCCGCGGGAGACGAUGUCGAGAGCAUCCUGACGCGGACUCAGACGUACCUGGAGGAAGGAGACCUGGACUCGGCGGCGCGAGAGAUGAACGGCCUGCAGGGGUGGGCGAAGACGCUCAGCAAGGACUGGCUUGGCGAGGUGCGCAAGGUCUUGGAGGUGCAGCAAGCCCUCGACGUCAUUGCCACAGAGGCACGGCUACAGAGUCUGAGGGUGGACUAA